UGAAAAGUUCCAUCAAUUCAAUUACAAAUCAUUUUUUCAUUCUGAUCACCAUGUUGUCUUAUUGACUAAAUAAACUCCAUGUGUAAUUAAAAGAUGUCCUCAUCACCAAGAUAAUAACAAGUUCACUAGUUAAAGUCUCAUAAAAUACAUGACCAAUUGCCCAUACAAAAACAAGCAAUAUUAAGAUUUAUGAAGCAUAUAUUUAAAUGUGAACCAUUGAGCCAUUAACAUUUGAAAUUAGUAUUGAGAGAAUAGCAUGGCUAACAUGGGUUUCCGUUUGUUAUGGACACUUGUACACUUAUGGAUCAUAAACUGCCAAAGAGCAAGUAGACCACUGCCUGGAGUGUGGUUGGUUGGAGGUGAUUCCACUGCAGGAAUAGUAGAAGUCUACAUUAAUGACAAGUGGAACACAGUUUGUGAUACUAGCUGGGAUUACAAUGAUGCAAAGGUUAUAUGUAGCACAAUGGGUUAUAACGCAGACAAAGCUGUGCCAGUCAGUGACAUUGACUUUGAGUUCAGUGGUGAAAAUUUGAGUAAUGUAACCGUCCAAUGCUCCCAAACCUCAAAAGAUAUGGGUGCAUGCAGAAUUCAACCAGUAGCAACAUGUAAAACUGGGUUUGCUGCUGUUAGAUGUAAAGGUAAGUGAUUGUCACCUUAUCCAGUUAUUGUUGUUUAUCCAUCCCAGAAGGGCCUCCAGUGUU